GAAGACAAUUGUGCAAUGUGAGGAAGGGCGCGCGCGUUGGUUCGCAUUGAGGCGCGCAAAACAUUCGGCUUCUCUCGUACUGGUCCCGAACACAUUACAUCCCGGACUCUCGGAUAAAUUCGGCAUACAAACUUGUUUCAUAUCGCCGCGAACUCUCUGCUCGGAAAGCUCGUGUUCCUUGGAAAUUUCAAUGUGAACGUGCGCUUGUGCAACUUAUCCUUACUUUUAUAAGCGGAUUUUCAUUUACAGGAUUUUAAAUUUACUGUGAUUUUUGUUUUCAAUUUGUUUUUUUUUCUCUAUAGGAGAAAAAAACUUGGAAACUGAUUUAUAGUUAAUAGUUGAGAUAAUGGGUAAUUUAUCAUUUGGGGAAAAUUGUAAAUUAUGUACAUUAAGUGUUUGUAUAAAAUUAAAUUCCAAAUUGUUUGUAAAAAACUUUAUUCUUGAUAUGUAAUAAGGGCGUUAAAUUACAAUUUGAAAGAAUUCUUUUUAUUUUGCUCUUUUUUAAGAGAAAGAAAAAAGUUGAAAACAUUGUGAAUUUCGAUAAAGUUAAAAGUAAAUAAGUGCGAAUCGGAAGUGAAAAGUGAGAAGUGAUAAGAAUAAUUUGAAAUGAGAGAACUGUAUUAAUAUUCUGAAGGGUGUGUGGAGUGAAUCGCCUGAGGAGGAAGUGGGUACGAGAGAGUAGUAUACGAUUUCCGUAUCGCGUUCCGAAUACGUGAUGUGCACUUCCCUAGACACGACGAAUUCUCUAGUUGGUAAUCUCAGCGAGAAUUCAGACUUGUUCGCGUUCGUGCGUUCUAAUUUAAAAUCAAACUUGUCUCAGUUAGUGUCGCUGGAUGUGUGUAGGUGUAUUUUAUUUUUUUUCCUUAUCAAUCAAGGCGGUAAUUUUAUGCGAUAAAAUGCAUUGAAAACUAUAUCGACGUCUAAUUUGAGAGUUUUAUGACAUUCACUUUUUUAACGUCAGUUGUGACGGAAAAUCAACUCCAGGACAUUUGUCAAAUGGGGAUGACGAUACGUUCAGAAAGCACGUAGAAUCCUCCAUCCUCCUCGUUUCGGAGAUGAGGCACUAUCUGGGAUUUAUUGCUCUCACCUUUGCCUUCCUCCUCCAGCUGGCGAGUCGCGUGACACUCGUCAUUGCCGGAGAACAAGAGAGGAAGAUCUGGUACGAGAGUGCAACGCGUGGAAUCGAAUCUCGACUUCGUGCUGCUGCAAGUGCAAGUGGUACCGGGUCAACACCGCCCGGUGGUGUGGCACGUGGUGUUGUGCUUUUUGUAGGUGAUGGUAUGGGCAUGAGUACUCUCACAGCAUCACGUAUACUUUCGGGUCAACGUCAUGGAGGCACCGGCGAGGAAGCUCAACUUGUCUGGGACACUUUUCCAGCAGUUGCCCUAGCAAGGACGUACAACCAGGACGCUCAAGUUGGAGAAUCAUCUGCAUGUGCUACAGCACUUCUUUGUGGAGUGAAAGCAAAUUAUGAAACAGUGGGUUUAGAUUCAUCAGCCCGCUUUGAAAAUUGUUUCUCUGCCUUUAAUGCAAAAGUUCCAUCUUUAAUGAAUUGGGCACAAAAACAAGGCAAAUCCACAGGUCUUGUUACAACAACAAGAGUAACGCAUGCGACACCUGCUGCGUUAUACGCACAUUCACCAAGUCGUUAUUGGGAAGAUGAUGGUAAAGUGCCAGCAGCAGCACGAACAACUUGUAAAGAUAUAGCUCGUCAACUUCUAGAAGAAGAGCCUGGUAGAAGCAUUAACGUGGUGUUGGGUGGUGGUCGAAGGCAUUUUGUUCCUAAAGUGGCAUUGGAUCCAGAGGAGCCUGAAAAGGAGGGUAGACGACUUGAUGGUAGAAAUCUAAUCGAAGAAUGGUCGAGAAACCGACGACUUCGUAAUCUUCCCGCCGAAUACGUCGCAAACAAGGAACAAUUCGAUAAAGUCGAUCCAAGAAAAGUGAAUCAUUUGUUAGGUUUGUUUUCAUAUUCACAUAUGGAUUUCGAAGUUGAUCGAAAUACAAAUGGCAGUGGUGAUCCUUCACUUGCCGAGAUGGCGGUUAAAGCACUUCGAAUUCUUGCCAAAAAUCCCGAAGGGUAUUUCCUGUUUGUUGAAGGUGGAAGAAUAGAUCAUGCCCACCACUACAACAACGCUUAUCGCGCCUUAGACGAAACACUGGCUUUAGAGGAAUCAGUCAAGGCAGUUAUGGAUGAGGUGGAUCUCUCAGAAACCCUCUUAAUUGUCACUGCUGAUCACUCCCAUGUUUUAACACUUGGUGGUCUUGCCACUCAUCGAGGGAAUCCAAUUUUCGGAUCAGACAGCAAAGUUUCAGAUGUCGAUGGCAAACCUUAUACAACUCUUUUAUACAGCAAUGGUCCAGGUCAUACAGACCCAAGAUCGAUUGUGCGGGAAGCUGGGAAAGAUUCCAUUCAGAGUUCUGGUGUUCCAAGAACAUGGGCAACCCAUGGCGGUGAGGAUGUGCCAAUUUUUGCAAUUGGACCAUUGGCAACAGUCUUAUUUUCUGGUAGUGUGGAUCAGAGUUACAUUCCACACGCAAUUUCGUAUGCCGCAUGCCUCGAUCAUCAUGCCAGUCGUUGCUCUAGAGAAUCCGCUUUGAACGAUACUAUUGCUCCAAUCAGUUGUCCUUCUGCUGAACCAAAUAGUGCUGCUAUAUCUAGUGACGUGAUGAACGACCAGGCUCGCAAUCCACCAACAAAAUCAAUUGCCACCGCCAAUCGUAAUCAUCUCAUCACUAAUACCCUACUGAUAAAAACACUCUUAUUAUUGUUACUAUCGCUAACGGAAAGUUAAUGUUCAUUGUGGACCAAAGUGAUCACUCAAUAAGAUAAAUCUUGUAAAAAAAAAGAAAGAAAGAAAAAUUGUAUUACCCAUUGAAGGAGAACUGUGACUAAAAAAAAAACUCUGGCUAGUUCUACGCGCAUCUAGUACCAGAGGUGUUAAUAGUUAGAAUCUAUCUAGAAGUAAUCAGUUUUUCUAUAAAAUAUAUACUUUAAGAGAAAGGCAAUGGUAAAGAUAUUAUUUAGAAUGUUGUAUUCGACGGUUAUAGUAUAGUUGCGCGGACAAAUUGUUCAAUUUCCCCAAUGAUAAUCGAGGGUUCGAAUCCUCGGACCAACCAUUUUUUUCUGCAUACGAUUUUUAAAGAAAAUUAUUUUCAAUUGUUCCAUUAAUUGGACAGAAAUGGAACUAAAAUGGUAUUAGAAAUAAUUCUUAAUUUCUCGCUUCUUACUGGGAAAUCAAGAACCUUGAAAAUUCUUCCACUUACAAAUAUGGCUGUAUGUUCUUUUUAAGGUUAGUAUAAUUCUAAUUAUUGGUAUUUUUUAUUAGAUUUGUAAUAAUUAAAAAUUCAAUUAAUUUUUAAACACUUAUUAUUAUUAAUGAUUUCGUUCGCGCAUCUCAAUCAUUAUUUAAGAUUCAUUCAGGCAUGCUCUGUUCACUCGAGAGUAUACGCAAACGCUGAUUGACUGUCCAGUUCAUUGGAGAGAUUACGCGAUUCGCUAAUUGACUAUUUCACCUAUCAGGCAGAUUGUGCGAAUGCUGAUUGCUUGCACUGUUGAAUGAAAGGUCACGCAAUCUCUAAUAUCCUCCCAUAUAUUCAAAGAUAUAAUUUGAGAUUUUACAUUUUUUGCAUAUGAAAACUAAUUUUUGAGAACAAAAACUCAAUAAGAACAAUUAUUGAAAAUCAAAUUAUUUAUUAUUGAAAAUUAAAAACUAAAUAAAUUCCAUAAAAUUAAAAAUCACAACAUUCUAAAUUACUAUUUCUUUACUGUAAACUUUUCUCAAAGAAUACCAGUCGAAAACCAAAUGAUCUCAUCAUUAAUUAUUUAAUUUAUUAUUUAAAUCCUUAUUUGCAAAAAAACUUAUCACAAAAGAAUAUUUUUUUAUAAUUUCUUGUUCCAUUUUCUUUUAAUUAUUUCAUUAAAAGCACUCUGUCAAUUUUAUCAUAAAUUCUAAAAAGAAUAAAAUUUUAAUGUGCUAUUAAAGCAAUAAUAAUAAUGAACGAAUGUUUUUCUAAUAAUAUAAUUUUUCCAUAAUACUUUAUUUACAAAUAAAGUAUUGUGAAUAAAAUAAAAUUUCUUAAAGUUCAGAUUCUAAAAAAAAUGUAAAAUAGAAAAAUUAAUUCCUGUUUCAAUUGUCAAAAAAAUAAAAGAUAUUGUUUAUGAAAUUUAUUUAAUUAUAUUUGUAAUAUAAUCUAGAAAAUGUUCAUUUAAUUUUAAUUUAAAAAAAAGGGAAUAAAAGUUUCAGGGAUUUAUACCAAAUCUUUUGAUACGAGGAAUAUUUAAUUAUACACAGCGUUAAUAAUAAAAAAAUAUUGUGAAAAAAAUAAAUGGAGUAAUUUAAAAAUGAACUUUUAGUCACUGAAUUUAUUAUAACCGAAACUUUUAUUUAAAAAAAAAAGGAAAAAUAUCAAAUACAUGGAAUAUACAUUUACUAGUCAAACAGAAUUUUUCAUGCUUUUAAUGAAAAUAAAAUAUACCCCUUUAUCUGUGUUGGAACAAAAGAAAACUGCUUUUACAGAUAAAAAGAUAAAAUAUAAAAUACUUUAUCUCGUAUCUUUAAGAUUUAGGUAAAUAUUUCUGAGAAACUUUUUCUUUUAUUUAAUUCUAUGAAAUAAAUCUUAUUUUAUUCAAUUAUAUUACCCUAAAUUCUUUUUUGAACUACUAUUAAAAUAUUUUUUAAUUUAAUAUACAGCUUUUUGGGGAAAAAAAUAUGAAUCAGCAAGAAAUUUCUAUUAUACAAAACAGAGUUAAUUUUUUUUUCUUCUUCCCCUAUUGUGAAUCAUUUCAGACUCCCGCAAGAGUGAUUAAAUUCUUCAAAAGGAAAAAAAAAAUAAUACAUGAGCGAAUAUACUUUUGUGUAAAGGGAAAAAUUUGUAAAAGAACUUCCGUACAAUUGAAGAAUUUACUCAUGAGUGCAUUAAACGGUAGAAAAGAAGCGAUAACGAGCGAAUCGAAAAAAAAACCAACAACAUCCAAUUUUUUUCUUCUUCUAAGUGAUAUAGAAGAAAAGCGAUGUUUGUGAAAAUGUAAUCGUAUAGAAACUUGUAUAUAAAGUGUAUAUGUAAUUUAAAUUAAAAGACAUCUUUUUCAAAACUUAAUAGAUAUUUUACAAUACUGCAAUUUUAAUAUAUACGUAAUUUAUAUUAUUAUUAGUUUUAUUAAUUGAAUUUUUUUUUAUAUUAUCCUUUUCUAAAAAUUAAACAUUAAUUUUUUUAAAUAAAAAAUAAAUUAAUAUUGUAGCACUUUUCGAAAUAAAAAAUAUUAUCCGAUAAUUAUCAUUGUUAAUAGGUCCUUUCAUUUAUUAAAUCAUUAUUAUAAUAUUAUUAUUCCAAUAAAAUAUUGUUAUAAAUUUUAUGAAACAUGAUUCGAUAGUAAACAAGAUUAUAUCAUUAAAUAAAAUAAUAAUAUUAAUUAAUUUU